CGUGCAAAGUCGCGCGCGCGCGCGCAUCCAGCCGGCAGCAAUGGCGGAGCGCGCGGCGGGCAGGGUUGCGCUGUCCCCCCGGACGGUGCUGAAGUGAAGGCGGCUGCCCGCGCGAGCCCGGCGGCGGAGUAGGCGGCGGCGGCGGCGGCGGCGGGGGAGUAGGCGGCGGAAGAGGAGGAGUAGGCGGCGGCGGCCUGAGGAAGGAAGGAUCAGGAGGGAGCGAGGACCGGCGGCGGCGGCCAUGGAGGGGCAGCCCGACAGCCCGAGCCGGGCGGUGGAGUACCUGCUGGAGCUCAACAACAUCAUCGAGUCCCAGCAGAAGCUGCUGGAGCAGCAGCGGCGCCGCAUCGACGAGCUGGAGCGGCAGCUCGAGCGCCUGAGUCGCGAGAACCGUAGCCUGCGCCGGGCCGGCGGGGAGGCCGAGCGCUCGCCCGCCUCCGCCGCCGUCCCGGCCGCCCCCCAGCCGGCAGGCGGCCCGCUGCCUCCCGACGGCGCCAGCAGCCCCCCGGCCACCCCGCAGAGGAGCAGGGCCGACGUUGAAACAUCGAAAACCAUCAGGUCAAUAAAUACUCUCCACCAGUACUGCUGCUAUUCAACAUUCCACAAUACCCACCUAUCUCACCCAGCGCGACACACAGACUGCAGGGCCGAGGACGAGGACGACAUUCACCAGUUCUGCUGUCCUGCCUCAGAAUGCAGUAGUCCGUCGUCGAGGUAACCGGGAAUGGACGCCUCGGCCUGGCCCCCAACCCACCCCGGAACCUGCCCUCCGCCCCUGCAAAGUCCUGAGCCCCCCCUCACCUGCAUGGAUGAAGAUGGCGAGGUGGGCUGUGUCCGUUGACGCUGAAUGCUCCCCUCCCUCCCUGCCCUCUCGUCAGCCCUCCUGUUCUGAUCUCAUCUCCCUUCCCAGCAAAGCUAACGCGAUGGGGUGCGGGGACACGCGGAUCACCGCCCCCACCUUCCCCAGGGUAGGAGCUGUCAGUACAGCUCGGGGUGCCUGAGCUCAUCCCGAAGUCCUCUGUGAGGAGUCUCUGUACGUUCUUCCGGUGACUGUGCGCUUUCCUCCGGGUGCUCCAGUUUCCUCACACAGUCCAAAGGCGUACCGGUUGGUAGAUUAAUGGACAUGGUGAAUGGUCCCCAUUCUUGGGGUUUGCUGGGCGUCUCGGCUUGAAGGGCCUGUUCCACACCUAAUCCUUACAUAAGUAAGCCUCUCCAGCCCUUUCAGGGUGUGGGGGGAGGUGUGAGUUGUUUCUCCCUCCCCCCCGGCCCACUCCACUUGGGGAGAGGUGCAGGCUGGGUCCAUUGUUGAGUCUAGGAGAGGGGGUGGGAUUGGCAUCCAUCCAGUCCAAGGACGUGGGCCAUGGGAGCUCAUCUCCUCCUCCAGCCAGCGGAGGGGAGAAGGGAGGUUUCUGGAGGAGGCGUCCUCCUGCCCAUCCCACACCCGACAAGGGGCACGGAGCAGGAAAAUGGGCCAUUCGGCCCACCCGUGAGAAUUCCACCUCCCAGCACUUGCCCUCCUUGGGGCUGGGUCUCCUCAGAUCCACCGGCUGCCACUUGGGCCAGCGAAGGUGCUGGGUUAGGUCAAAGCCAUGCCUAGCCGCUCCACGGAAUCCCCUUCCGAAUUCAAGACCCUCUCUUCCCAGUGGCCCCCUCCCAUUUAUAGCAUUGAUGCCCCAUGCUCUGUAAAAAUAAAAAAUACUGCGAUCGCGCGCAACUUCAUUGAUAAUGUGGCUCCAUCGAGCUCCUUGGGGGGCAGGAAAACGGCCUGCAGCCCUGAAACGCAGGCAGAGAGGAUGUGCCUCUCACCGGUGGGCCGGGCUGUCCGAAGCCCCCAGCAAGAGCAGCCUCUCUAUUCCACCCCCCCACCCACCUUCCUCUGCCCCCUUCCACCCACCAUGAAACAUCUUUGUAAAUGCCAGCGAU